UUUCAAAAAAUCUGUUUACCACCUUUAAGUCGGUGUUAAUAAAACUAUUUUACCGGAAAUAUGGACGUUUUAAGAAAGAAAAUAGAGUCCUGCCUGCACAUUUUGGACCUCAGGACUAAGGGGACCAACAUCAAGGAUUUAAGCUGGCUAAAUGAUUUUUGUGCCGCGCUAUUGGAAUUUUCCACAUUGGUCCACAGUUCCCUAAGCAGCCAUAAACAGAGCGAGACCGCGGACAUGGUGUGCCUAUGCCUAAGCCAAAUAAUGAUAUGUAUUCGCCAGGUUGAAGGAAUGGGGAAGCUUGGUUGCAGCACCUCAGUUUCUGCCAGUCAUCAGUAUUUCCUCGAUCGGAUACGAUGGUGUCUGGAGCGUCUCUUACAUCUGUACACUAAUGGAGAAGCGGCUGCGGCUGUUCCUGAGCGCUCCUUCCUUAAACUAAUAGAUUCAAGCUUAGAUGCACUGGCUUGGUUCAGUUCCCACAACGAGAAUACCUCUUUGUCCUCAAACAUCCUGGAGUCACCCGAGGAAAUAGUGUCCGUCAGCCAACAACUGCGUUCCAACAUAGAUACUGUCUUGAGCCAAGCACUUGGAUUCGCAAACGUAUCCCUGCCGCAGGACAAAAGGGCUCUCAGUGCCCUAUGUCAAAAGGUUAUACGGGAGUGCAACGCUUUCCAGAAAGAGUGCCAGUUUCCGAAAGUCUCCAGCGAAAGUUAUUACUCCAAUCUAAAGCUGAAAGCCAUGACCUUGGAGCAGGCGCUCUGCCAGUUAGAGGACUUCAUCAACGACGCUCUGUUGCGGCUGGUGUUCAACUGCUUUGUGGACUUUGACAAGUUCUCGGUGGAAAAAAUACGAAACGUUCUAAGAAACAGCCUGGAAGAUGAAGCAAUGGCCGAUGAAUUCAUAGCAGACUUUGAUGUGAACAUCGAUCGUGCUACCCAGAUUGGAAUAUUCGCUAUAGCUUUUGCCCCAAACCUGAAAUUAAAAACAAUGAUACGCAGCUGUCUGGCUUCCUUUGAAUCGUUGGACACUUCGUUGAUACCUUCUCUGCAGGCCAAUGGUUCGGACUUGCACUCUGACAUACUUGAACAGCACUUCAACGAGGAAGUGGGCAAGUUUAAGAUGGCUCUGCAGGAGAUAAUCGAUAGUCGAGCGCUUCUUGGAUGUUACUUUGAGAUUCUCACGACUGGAAUUACUGCCGUCGAAAAGUCAUACAAUAAAGCAAAGCUAGAGGAUCUAUCACAAAUGUCUCUAGUGCUGCUUGAGCAUUUUCAGUUAGAAGUGAAUCGUCAGGUUCUAAGAGAGACAAAGGACCAACUCGGAGAGGAGUACUUCCAGCAGCUUAUCAGGAUUCUGCGCGAAUGCAAAGCCAUUCUGAUAUACGCAUCCCAAGUGGAGCCGCAACGAAUUAUUAAGCGCUUCAAGAUCCUGCGCACAAUUCUGCGCAAGCUUCAAAACUGCAUUGGAUCUGGGAAGCAGCGCGAGGAUGAUUUCCCUCAUCCUUUGGGAGUCCACGUUGCGGAAGAUCCGAAGGAUUUCAACGCCUCGAAGGAGGAUUUAAAGCAAUUUUCUGGAUUAACUUCGGGACAAACUAGUAUUCUUUAUGUCUCAGAGCGCAGGGGUCGAAUAAACAGAACCAAGGACCCUAAUCAGGAACCUAAUAACGACAUGAAGUCACAAAAGCAAAAGCCGAAUGGAAAUCUUUUAAAAAGGGAGAGCUUGAGAACUGUGAUGUUCAAACGCCAAAAUAUUGCGGAAAGCAGGAAACUGUAUAACUCGAUUAGCAAUCAGUCGGCAGAUCUGGAAAUCACAGAUAUACUUGAUCAGCUGACCGGAAUGUCCAACGGCUACUUUGAAUGCUGAAACCCUCUUAAUAUUUGUAUAUAACUUUUAAUUUUAGCAUUUAGUUGAAAAAUAUCUGCAAUUUUAGAAUUUAAAAUAACGUAUAGUGCCACCACCUGAAUGUCAAAGGGCGGCAAGGUAAACACAGACACACACAACCAUGUGUGACAGCGCGGUGGUGGAGAGCCAUUGUCCGGAACAGUUUUGACUGUUUAAAAAAUAAAGCAAUAAGUCCAAUAAAAUACAUAGUAUCCAGUA